UCGAAGGUGUCAAGUUGAUCAUAAUGGCAGAUGAAGAAAUUACUGAAGACUAUCCAGUAGAAAUUCAUGAGCACCUGUCAACAACUGAGAAUUUCACAGGUGCUGUAGAUGAGAUGCUGAAGACCUUGAUGUCUGUGUCAAGAAAAGAGCUGCUGCAGAAGCUGGACCCCCUCGGACAAGCUGAAGUGGACUUACUUUCCACAUACACACUAAAUUCAAUGUUUUGGGUUUAUUUAGCUACUCAAGGAGUCAAUCCAAAGGAACAUCCAGUAAAGCAAGAAUUGGCAAGAAUCAGAGUACGCAUGAAUCGAGUGAAGGAAAUAACAGACAAGAAAAAGGCUGGCAAGCUGGAUAGAGGUGCAGCUUCAAGGUUUGUGAAGAACGCCUCUGGGAACCGAAACCUAAACACACUGUGA